AUGGCUGAACGUACCACCCUACCUUACUUUGCCCCCCGUGAGCUCCUCCCGGCACUCUUGCCGACGGUGGCGGAGAUCCUCGCCUCGCCAACGCGGCUGUCGGCCGACUACGAAAACAUUGUUGUCCAGGUCGGUGACCACUUCGCCGUCAAGUACGGAGGAAGGACUAGUCUCCAGGAGGGCGAGAACAUGCUUUUUGUUCAGCGGAGUAGCCGCGUGCCUGUCCCGAAGGUCUAUGCUCUGUUCCAUGACGAGGAGACGGACGUGGAUUUCAUUGUCAUGGAGUAUAUCCCCGGCGAAAACUUGGAGCGUGCAUGGGGCAGGCUCGGCACCACCGAAAAACGGGCGAUUGCUUCGCAGCUCCGCCGACACAUGGACGAGUUACGCAGCAUUCCCCCGCCAGGCUACUACGGCGGCAUCUGGAGGCAGCCAACGCAGGACUUCUACUUCGAAGCCCCGGAGCAGCAUAGCCGGCCACACAAGGACAACACCAUCUCGGGGCCGCACGAGACCGAGGAACAGUGGGUCGAGGCCAUGUUGCACUCCAGGGGGCUCCCGCUCCUCCGGCGGCAUUACCACGCCAUCUUCAAGGGACACAAGCCCGUCUUUACGCACGCCAAUUUCUUCCUGGGAAAUGUAAUGCUCCGGGAGGACGGGACCCCCGUGAUCAUCGAUUGGGAGGCCUCCGGGUGGUAUCCAAGCUUCUGGGAGUAUUGCUGUACUGUUGGGGUCCUGAGGUACGAGUGGGAUUGGGCUGAGUGGAUCCACGAGGUGCUGGACGAGUAUAUUGCCGAACUGGGCUGGAUGCGUCGCCACAGGUUUCUCGUUUUACCCUACGGUUGUUGAUUUGCAGACGCAUGUCUUUUGGCAAAGGAGCCCGAGGAAAGGGCAAAAGGAGCCUAGGAGGUCUGAUGCUCUCAUUAUUACCUAGGUGCGGUAGGCAACUGGGGGGUGGACAGGUACUAUCUAACAAACAAGUGAAGAUGUGAAGAUCGUCUGGCGCGCUC